UCUCCUCCUCCUCACUCUGACCAUCCAAAACAACACACACAACACACACUAUGUCACGCUCUGAACACCAAACCAAAAACUAAAACCCAAAGAGCAAAAGAAUAUUUUGUUCUUUUCUUUUUUACCAUUUCUGAAAAUUUUGCUUGUAUAUUCGGUUUACAUAUAUGGUUUCGGUUUAUCCAACUCCACCUGCGGCUCACCAGCAAGAUUUUUACUAUUUCCCGGGCAUGGGGGAUCCGAUGAAAGUGGGUCUUCCUGGUCUGCAUUCCCUGCAACCGCCGACAAAUGUUACUGGUACAACCGGCACCGGUAACGUGAUUGAUUCUGGCACCGGUGUGGUUUCGGAGGAUCCAAAUAAGAAGGUCCGGAAGCCGUAUACCAUCACCAAGUCUAGAGAGAGCUGGACUGACCAAGAGCAUGACAAGUUUCUAGAAGCUCUUCAACUAUUUGACCGGGACUGGAAAAAGAUUGAAGCUUUUGUUGGGUCAAAAACAGUUAUCCAGAUACGUAGCCAUGCACAAAAAUACUUUUUAAAGGUGCAAAAAAGUGGGACAAGCGAACAUGUGCCUCCUCCUCGGCCAAAGAGGAAAGCAUCACAUCCAUACCCGCAAAAAGCCCCAAAAACUGCUGGACCCCAGGUUACUGGGCAAUUGCAUUCCUCCUCUGCGUUGGUUGAACCGAAGUACGUUAUGAGGCCUGAUUCCUUGUCAGUUCCUGGCAAUUCAGUAAGCAACCCUGUUGUGUCUCCUUGGACAUACAAUACGGUACCAACAGCAAAUACGUUAUACCUGACGAAAGAUAAAGAUAUGGGCUUAGCUGGUGCUACAAUCACACACAAUUAUAGCAGCAGCAGCAAUGAAAGCACUCCAAGGAUUUGGCCUAUCAAUGAGACAAGUGAUCAAGUAAAGGAGAAAGAUAACAAGCCAGCCAGAGUAAUACCGGAUUUUGCUCAAGUGUAUAGCUUCAUUGGUAGCAUCUUUGAUCCCAAUGCAAGUGAUCAUUUGCUGAGACUAAGGAAGAUGGACCCAAUUAAUAUGGAGACGGUGCUGAUGCUGAUGAAGAACCUUUCUGUCAAUUUAGUGAGCCCUGAAUUUGAGGAUCAUAGGAGAUUAAUUGCCUCAUCUGGGCGGGGUACAGAAGAAUAUAAACAGAAAGCGCCCAACAAAAUGAUCCCAGCUUAGAAGCUAGAGCACAUGGUUUGAUCUUUGUGAUAGGUUUGAAGCUAGGUUAUGUGGUUGAAGCUGUGGGCUAUGAUUGCAACAGUUCAUAUUAUAUGCCCUUGUGUGAUAUUCUAUGUUUGUUGCAUGGACUUUCAAAUGUCCGUGUCUGUCCAAUGUACGCACGUUAGGUCACAUGUUUUUGGUGGCAUUCGGAGAUGGAGUUCCUGUAACAAGCCAGCUUAUAUAGGUUUCUUUCCAGCCACGCCGUUCUGGAUGGCUGAUGCUGGCUUUGGUUUCUCGCUCUGUGUUUACUUUUGGUGGGCAUGGGCUGUCGCCUGUUGGCUGGGGUGGAAGGCGGAUGACAGUUUUGAUUCUCUUGCUUUUAAGAAGUUUUGCUGCUACCAAAUGUUAGAUGGAAUCACUAUGUAUAGCAAUUAUGUAUAUAUGUACACAUGUUUAAAUUUCUGUUAGUCAUCUCAUGAUUAUUUCUUAUUC